AGAGCCUCUCUCUGCCCCGCUGCAAUAAAGGCAGAUAGCGGACCAUGGGGAGCAGGGGAAAACUUUAUAUACUGACAUCUUAGCGCAAUGACUUUUGAGUAACAUCUAACUGGGACGAGGCUCCCGGCGUGAGGAGGACAGGGCCCUUUACGGGAAGAAGAAAGGAGCACUUGCCAUCUGCCGGGGAACUGGAACGAAAACAAGACGGCAAAAGAGUUAAGACCAGUCCAAGAUUCAGCGGUGGAAAAUCCAGUUUAGCCAUUUGAAUUGAAAGAUGAGCUUGUUGUCUGCCAUAGACACGAGUGCCUCCGUGUACCAGCCUGCACAGCUUCUGAACUGGGUCUAUCUCUCCUUACAAGACCCCCACCAGACCAGCGCUUUUGACGCAUUCAGACCCGAACCCAACUCUUCUCACCCGGAUCACAGUUUCAGCAAGACUCCCGCAGCAGCGGAUUUGAGCUCUUCCCUGAACUCAAACUAUCUUAACAACUUUUUUCAGCUGCAACGGAAUGAGGCCUUAAACAACAACGUGUAUAAGAACGUGUCACCCUAUGGCUCCCUUAAUAACAUCGUGGAUGGACUCAACACCCUGACGGACCAUUUCUCAGACCUUUCCCUUUCUUCAGAGCCAAGAAAACCAAACAAAAGACCCCCACCCAACUACUUAUGCCACCUGUGCUUCAACAAGGGCCAUUACAUCAAGGACUGCCCUCAGGCCAGACCCAAAGGUGAAGGACUGACACCCUACCAGGGGAAGAAGAGAUGCUUCGGAGAGUACAAGUGCCCUAAGUGUAAGAGGAAGUGGAUGAGUGGCAACUCCUGGGCCAACAUGGGACAAGAAUGUAUUAAAUGCCACAUCAACGUCUAUCCACACAAACAGCGCCCUUUAGAGAAACCAGAUGGCCUGGAUGUUUCUGACCAGAGCAAGGAGCACCCACAGCACCUGUGCGAGAAAUGUAAAGUCCUGGGCUACUACUGCCGCCGUGUGCAAUAAUCAUCUUUAUUCGGAGUCAGAGUGCAACGUUUGUGACACAAGUUCUAUUGCUCAUCCUUCAUCAAGGCUGUUAACUUCCUCAUUUCACAUCCAGGUUUCCCUAAUCCCUGCGUAGGGAUGCACCGAUCCAACACUGUUGUUAGAUAUGAUUAUACAUCACAAUACUGUUAUAGUUAUUUAUAUACCAGUGUUGACCAAUAUGUUGUUGCAUUCAAAAGGUUUACACUUGAAUUGUAAUUGCUGUCAACUUCAUAGAUUUUUUACCAAGUGGCUGGUGCACGAUUUAUUUAUAAAAAACAAUUAAAAACAGUAAAUGUAUCUAUGUAUGUUACGUUUUGCUUUACCAAGUUAGAAUUGCAGUGUUUUAUGGAACACCAUUUAAAGCAAUAUUAAAUACAUAAAUAAAUAAAUAUGCCUAUGAAAUAAAUAAUAUGGCUAUGAAAUGAAUAAAUAUAAAAAACAUAUGGCUAUAAAAUAAAUCCUGAAAUAAAUAAAUAUAAAUAUAUAAAUGAGUCAAGGACUACAUUUUUUAUUUCAGGGGACCUGUAUUUCAUAAUGUCAUAAUUAUUUAUUUCAUAGGCAUAUUUAUUUUAUAUAUAUAUUUUUAAAUAUUGGACGAAAUGAUAUUCCAUAAUGUUUAAGUCGAGCCUGAUUGGGCCGAACACAAAAUAAUUCUGCCACUCACUUUCACACAGUAAGGCAUACAGCUUAUAAAUGAAACACUGGUCGGUACCGGCCAAUACUCAAAGCCCAGAUAUCAGGGCUGAAAAAGUUGGAUUGGUGCAUCGCUAUCCCUAACCUGCACACAACAUGGCCUCCUUUCCUCCUCAAGUCUUCCCCUCCUUCUUUUAGAAGCCUCAAAUAAAGGCAGUAGCCUUAAUCUUUUCUGUCAAUGUUCUAAACCACACAUGGAACAUAGAUUUUUAGUCAGUAUGCUUUUUUUCUUCCAAUGACAGUAUUGGAGAUUACAUCCAGAAAUGAGAGGAACAUGUAAUUUAGGAUCAAUUUCUCAGUGCUCUUCAUCAAAAAAGCAAAAAAACUUGCCAAAAUCAGUGUUUUUUGUGCGUCCUAUAUCACAACCCACAUAACCCCAUCGAUCCAACUCAAUGUUUAACAGCAGCUAAUCGUGAAUUAAUGAAUUAGCAUGUUUUUCAAUGGUGUCACUGACAGUAAUGGUCUCAAUAGAUUACCUCACCUUGGGGUUUGUUGGCUUUGUGUUUACAGAGAUCUGCCUUCCAUUUCCCUGCCAAGUGAAGUGUGUGGUAAUGUGACGAACAUUUAACCCGGGCCUCUCAUGAUGGUAUAAUGUAUACAAGGCCUUUUGAUGAACAGCACAUCUUUUUAACUGUGAAUUAACUGAGGGACAAUGUGCCUUACAUCCCUAGCUUACAUGCGGCCUAUUUAUUUUCUUGUUCUCAAGUGUGCAAUUUGAAUUUUGACUGGGACAUAACUAAUUGUUUUUUUUGGUCUGUUUAUAUAUCACAUUAUUGUGUAACUGCUUCCACGUGUCUUUAGAAACUACUGUAGAUUCAGUCACUCCUCGUCUAGAUUUAGUGCAUUGCUAAUAGAUAUUUCAUUCUCCCUCCCAAGAGUAUUUCUCAUGCAAGACAAAUUCUUAAUGAUCUAGUUUUAGAUUGAUAUAAAUGUUAGAUAGGUAAGUUGUGUUAAUUUCAAAUCACAAGGUCAACUGAGAAGGAGCUGUAGGAAAACAACACUAGUUUUAGUAACAAUAAUUUUGCCAUUCACAUAGUUUCUCAGUUUGAUAAGAAUUAUGAAACAUGAUUUUAGAGGUUAAAAUGUUUACAAAUAAAGCCUGAUUCAAUGUAGUAAAGUACAAACUAGAUGUUUUUUAAAGAAAUUUAGAAAGACAUUUCAGUUCACUUUUUAGUGCCAGUGGAUGCCUGGCAGCCUUAGUGGUCAAUUAAGUGUUUCCAAAAGCUUGCACCCCUAUAAACUAUGUCCAGCAGCUGAUUGCAGUGUGAAGAGAGUCUAGGGGAGGUGAAGUUGAGAGAACUGCAAUGAUUUUUGAGUCGGUUGAGGGCAACAAUAAGAUUUAAUUUAGAAGGGCUGGUUUGUAAUGUGCUGAUGCAGAAGAUUCAAGGAUAUAUUGAAAGUGAUGAUGAAUUGAGUUCACACUUAUGUUAUUUUUUAGGAAUAUAAGUGCUUAGUAUAAUAAACCAAUACACCCAUCCUAUUUACAUUACAGGAAAUGAAUGUAGUUUUGACUUAUAGAAAUCUGGCUUUUAAGGAAACUUGUUAUAGGAAUUGUGAACUGUUUUAUAUGUACUGUAUUUCUAUCCUUAUAACAUCUGGUUAACUAUAUUUUAUACUGUAACAUACUGUUUGUGCCUUAAAAACAUUUAAAUCAUUCUGAAGUAUCAGGAUUAGGAGGCAAUUUGUAACUGGGAAAAGAUAUGUGGGGCUCCGAGAUGGAGCAAUAUACGUGCAUGUGGUAACUGUGAUGCAUAGUAGGUUUAAUGCAGGUUCAAGAUGUGACAAAGGACAACAAUUAAUACAGUUCCUCUAUUAGUUUGAACUGGCAUGAUGGGUGUUUGCAUCAACAGUUUGCUGGGCAGGAGGAACGGCCUGAAACAGCAUUUCCAGCUGGCAAUAACAAUCCUACUGUGGUCUGUUGUCAUGGAAUAUCCACAAAGAUGUUAUUUCUUAGUCGGUCCUCACAACAGAAAGGAGUCGCACACAAAACUGUGGACCUCACUCUUUGUUUUUUAAUCUAUUGUAGUUAUGUUUAUCCAAGGGACUGUGGGUUUUGUCAAAAAAUAUACAUGGUUAACUUGCCUUGGUGGGAGAGUUUGCAGUGGCUGAUUAUGGUACCUUACAGUUUUGGGAAAUUUAGAUAAAAUACCAUCUGUAAAGUUAAAGGGGCACUCCAGUAAUUUAGUAGUGCAGUCUGACAAAGUUGGGAGGCUUAAAGAACAGUCGAAUCAAUGCAGCAGAAACUCAGAUGGCUCAUGCUCUAAAUCGCUGGGUCCAACCUUUCCUUAAUGGAACUAAAAUAAAUAUUUCAGUAGACUUCCCUUGCCUGGUAAAUGCCCGUGUCUUUCAAACUCCACACCCCCAGGUUGUUAAGCAGGCUUUUUUAAUAAAAUUGUGUCUUCAAACCUAAGCUGAGAUAACUGCAAUUGUAGACUUGACAAAGUACGUCCAGAGCUACAGAAGACAUUAUACAUCUGUUUUCACAGUCCGAGUAGUACUUCCUGUGACUAGUAAACUGAACUUCAUGAGUAAAACUGGUGGAGUGCCUCUUUAAAAAAAGAUAUUUGGGCAACUAUAUUACCACAAGUAAAAGACCUUUUCUAUUUGAAAAAUUCUCCUUUUAGAUGGGAACAAUUAAUUUUCUUAUUGUUACCAGUGUAUUUCUUUUGCUCUGUGCGAUUACACUAACCUAACAUGUCUUUACAUCUUAACCUUAUAGUCCACAUUAUACCAUGUGGCUUUAGUAAGAGGAAUAGAUACCAAUGAUGCCUUAUGAACUAACCUCAUAAACAAAUAAAGUAAUUGUGAUUCCCCUAGUUCUGGCAGAAUAUUGAGAAAUCCUGUUAGAGUUUGAUUCCAUCCAGUUACAUUUUGUGAGGAGGCCAUUUUAAAUGGCAAAUCAAGAGCCAAUGGAAGCAGUUGAUACAAUACAUUUGAAAAAAGAGAUCUCUGCUUUUAGACAUGAUGUCUUGAAUUGCAUAUACUUGACUUUUCUAGUACCUUUUCAGUUCAAAAAUGUUGUUUUCUAUGAAUGAGAUGUGUAUUUUGGAACACUUUAUAGAUGUUGAAAAUUUUAAAGAAAUCUGCAAAAACUCAAGAAUUAUUUCCCUGAAAAAGAUAGACUGUUUUAUGUAUAUAUUUGAAGGCCAUCAUUAUCAAGGUUAGUAGCUCUUUAAAGUGUUAUGCAAUAUUUAAAGCUUUUUGUGUGAAGAAGGGCCUAUUGCAGAGAAAUAAACAAAGCUGGGAGUUUUUUUUCUUUAUGUUUUACAAUAAUCUGAGGGGUUAUCCUGCAGAAAUAUUUAUGGAAAGAUUUUUUACAACACUUUUUGUAUAGAAUAUGCAACAAAGUUACACUAAGAAGGAAAUAUUGAUGUCUACAUAGAGUAUUAUUAAAAAAAAGCUGGUACAUAAUUAAUACCCUUACUCAAUUAUAAGCCAUUGUAUUUUUGUGUUUUGUUGUAUGAUAUAAGUGUUGAAUAACCCACAAUGUUAUUCAGUUGCUUAUGUAACUAAUUAUGAGCUGCCAUUUACAUCCAUACAGUUGCAUGUAUUCAUUUUGUAAACAAUAAUAUGAAGAUAUAUAUAUUGUGUAAACAUGCAGAAAUCUUUUUUUUCCUUAAUUAGUGACAGAUACUCACCAGUGUAUAAGCACGUUAAACUGUGAGAUAUAGUUUGCUUAAAGCAGCAAUAACAAGAAAUUAUUAUAAAAUGUUAGUGUUAUUAGUAGUUUAGGGAGUGUAUACUUUUGUCAAGAAAGCGUGUGUGACAAAGAACUAUUUUAGAGUUUGCAUGUGCAUGUGUUUGGUUUUGAAUGAAAUAUUAUGUUGUGCAAUGUAUACUUAUUUAAAUACCUUACAGUAGUUCGCUACAGUACAUAUUGUUUUUCACAUUAUCAGCAAUUUCUGAUUAUUAGCCUUGAAGUAUUUCAUUUACCGGUAGUGUAGCUUCUACAAAUAAUAUGUAUUUACUGAAUGUAAUGUGUUAACACUUAUGUGGUCAAUUUGUAAAGUUAUGUUUGUAUUCUUUGUCUGUAUCACUUGAGAUGUUUGUAUUGCAAUAUUGCAAUAAUGUAAUAUUUGAAUUGGACAGAACACAGGCGUGAGGUAGGGAAGACAAUGAUUUUGGGAAACAAGACAGUCAUGGUUUGAGACUAGACCACAGGUCUGUUUUUCAUGUCCAUGAAAUGGCAUUCCAAAAUGUGCCUUAUUUGUUAGUUGGGAAAACAUUUUAGUGCUUUAGUGCUGUCGAGAGUUUUAUGAAAUAAAGUAAUAUUGAAUUAGGA